CACACACACACGGGAGUGACAGGAGAGACCCGAUAGAUGUAAAAGGAGCCUCGUCUCACUGUGCUGAAAGAGUGGUGUAUCGGAGUCCCAUGGGUCUUAAUCGGGCUUAAAUGGGUGUACGGCCAGGAGGAGGUUUCGUUCACCUGCGUAGGUCUACUGGGGGGAAGAUGGGGCGUCGUCAGUGGUGGAAGAGGCUCCCGUCGCCUUCGGAUAACAUGAAAUAAGAGUGUUGAAGGCUGUGACUGUUCUACAUCUUCUACUUCACCGGUUCUGUAACAAUCAUCUUCAAACCGACGCUCGCUGUGAAGACGCAAGGGUGGAGUCCACAUGAAUGAAUCAGUAACAUGCGUCUUCUCGUUGACAACCAGCACAACCGAUAAGAAGCCCCGACCCUUCUCUUCCUCUUCUUGGGCCUUCCCAUCAACAACAAGUGUGCACCUCUCCUAGUUGCCUCUUCGACAAUCGCUCAACAUGCGUCCUUCCCUCGCCACGGCAGUCCUGCCGCCCAGGACCCGAUCCCACAAUCCACCCAACCUGGCAGUGGGGGGGCGGGAACACCUGGUGGCUCCGCGGAGGCGCAGCCCCCACCUACGACACACCCUCAGCCCAGAAAACCUGCGCACCCUGGCGGAGAGGGGCGGGGCCACCGCCGAUACCUCCUCCGUUAUCAGCAGCCCUAUCGGGCUCCUGCGGGCCAACAGUGACACAGACCUGGUGACCUCCCAGAGCCGGUCCUCGCUAACGGCAUCCACUCUGGAGUACACGCUGAACCGCGGCCAGAACCUCGUCAUAUCCUGGGACAUCAAGGAGGAAGUGGACGCCACCGACUGGAUCGGGCUGUACCACAUUGAUGAAACCAGUCCGUCCAACGUGUGGGACUGUAAGAACCGAGGGGUGAACGGCACCCAGAAGGGUCAGAUUGUCUGGAGGCUGGAACCCGGGCCCUACUUUAUGGAGCCGGAGACUAAGAUCUGUUUCAAGUACUACCACGGAGUGAGCGGAGCCCUGAGAGCCACGACGCCCUGCAUCACAGUGAAGAACCCUGCAGUCCUGGUGGAGGGCCUGGCAGAGCAGGUGGGCAUCGAACAUCCACGAAAACUUAUCAGCUUUACUUUGACAGAUCUGCGUUCUACCGGCAUGAAGAAGGGAAUGUUUUUCAAUCCGGACCCGUACCUGAAAAUGUCCAUCCACCCGGGGAAGAGGAGCGUCUUCCCCAUCUUCAGCCACCACGGACAGGAGCGGCGAUCGGCCAUCAUCGCCAACACCACCAACCCCGUCUGGCAUGGAGAGAAAUACACGUUUGUAGCACUAAUGACGGACAUCCUGUACAUCGAGGUGAAGGACAAGUUUGCCAAAAGUCGACCGAUCAUCAAGCGCUUCCUCGGUCAGCUCACUAUCCCCGUGCAGCGGCUCAUUGAAAAAAUACCCGGAGUCCAGCCUGUGAGCUUCCCCCUGUGUCGCCGUCUGCCUACUGAACACGUAAGCGGCCAUUUGCAGUUCAAAGUGGAACUCACAUCGACUGGGCCUGAUGGUGCCUCUCCCGAGUCCAUCAUUGGCCUCUCACCCUUGAAUGGAGCUCCAGGGACUCCGUCCGAUGAUGAAGACCUGCCCCACCAUCUUUCAGGACUGGUCUCUUCGGGCCCUUCUCCCACCGGCUCCCAGGGCUCCCAGAGCAUGUGGGAAGGCGGGGCCACGGCCUACCCAAAAAAGGACCUGCCUCUUGUUGGAGCCCAAGGUAGAUUUGUGGAGCACGAGAGCCUGUCGUGCCACGAAAUGCUCCAGAGGUCACUCAGCGAGGGCCUGGACGCUAUCGAGGCCCCCAAAGGCCCCGGGGAGAGGCCCCUGGGUGCGGCCUCGCCCAAACUGCGCUCCAGCUUCCCCACUCACACAAGGCUCAGCGCCAUGUUGCACAUCGAUUCCGACGAGGAUGACGAGAGGUCCGGGGCCAAUGACAUCAUUCCGGUGCCGCUGUCGCCACUGCUGAUGAAUGGAGAACCUCCAGACGACAGCGGCCCCGAUGAAGACGACCCGUUCCCUGAGUUCCAUCUGGGGCCGGAGCGGCCGGAGCCCUCAGCGCUGAAGGAGGAGCCCCAGGGCGCGGGCGGUGCGACAGAAGACCAUGCACCAUGCCUCCCUGAGGCGGAGGUGGCCCUGGAGUUGCGGGCAGGUCUGGACUUGGAGGAUGUUUCAGAGCCAGACGUCUUCUCCGAAGUGGAGGAGGCUCCUUUCACAGAGGCCGUGUCCCACAAUGCCGUGGCAGAGGGGGAAGUUCACGGGGAAGGAACGGGGCCGGGCGAGGACCCCUCCUCAGAGAUGGACACCUGCUCCAUGGCAACAGCCCCGCAGACGGUCUUCUCGUCGUCAGAGAGCUGCCCAAUCACAGUGACGACUGCAGUGGAUGCGGAGGAGGGCGCGGAGACGGCCAUAGAUCCGGGGGGAGACGUGGUUUCCGGAACCCCACCGACCAAUCACGCCGUAGACGACGAAGGGGGUGGGCAGGGAGCCAUUGCCGAGGCUGCAGGAGAAGCUCCCCUGCCCGGCGACCCAGUGGUGGUCGAGGAGAUCAGCGUGAGGAGGCUGACCCUGCAGGCUGUGGGGGGUGUGGCUGAAAGACGGGCAGGGGAGGAGGCAAAGCCAAACGAGGAGGCGGCUUCCGCUGAUUCCACCACAGAAACAGAUGGAGAGGAAGGCUCUCACGUUAAUGGACAUCCUGUCUGCUCGCUUCCGUCUGUGCGUCAUGACAUCCACCGAUACCAACGUGUGGACGAGCCUCUACCUCCCAACUGGGAGGCUCGGAUCGACAGCCACGGGAGGAUCUUCUUCGUGGACCACGUGAACAGAACCACAACGUGGCAGCGUCCCACCGGACCCCCUGCCCCGCAGGGCCUGACCCGCUCCAACUCCAUUCAGCAGAUGGAGCAACUCAACCGCAGGUACCAGAGCAUCAGGAGGACCAUAACCAACAGCGAUCGGUCAGAGGAAACCCCUGUUGAGCUUCCUGAGCCAGAGAGUGAACUGAUGCCUCACUCCAUUUCAGAAUACCGGCGAGAAAGUGCAGUCGCUCACUCCAGCGGCCGCUCGCGCCUCUCCCUGCUGCUCCAGUCACCCAGCGCCAAGUUCCUGUGCAGCCCAGACUUCUUCACCGUGCUGCAUUCUAACCCUAGUGCCUACCGCAUGUUUACGAGCAACACCUGCCUGAAGCACAUGAUCAGCAAGGUGCGUCGGGACGCCCAUUACUUUGAGCGCUACCAGCACAACCGCGACCUCGUCACCUUCCUCAACAUGUUCUCCAACAAGCAGCUGGAGCUUCCCCGCGGCUGGGAGAUGAAGCACGACCAUACUGGGAAGCCCUUCUUUGUGGAUCACAACUGUCGCUCCACGACCUUCAUCGACCCGCGGCUUCCUCUCCAGAGCUCUCGCUCCACCGGGCUGCUGGCCCACCGCCAGCACCUGAGCCGUCAGCGCAGCCACAGUGCCGGGGAGGUGGUGGACGACUCUCGCCAAGCCAACCCGCCCGCCAUGCCCCGCCCGUCCAGCACCUUCAGCGGCUCCAGUCGAAGUCAGUACCACGAUGUGGUGCCUGUGGCCUACAAUGACAAGAUAGUGGCGUUUCUACGGCAACCCAACAUCGUCGAGAUCCUCCAGGAAAGGCAACCCGAGCUCGCCAGGAAUCCCUCGCUCAAGGAGAAAGUGCAGUUUAUUCGCAGUGAGGGAGUAACAGGGCUGGCUCGUCUCUCUAGCGACGCUGACCUCGUCAUGCUGCUGAGCUUAUUUGAGGAGGAGGUGAUGUCAUAUGUGCCGCCAUUGCUCCACCCAAAUUACUGCCUCUCGUCUCCUCAGAGCUCCCCUGGCACCCAGCGAGCCAAUGCCCGUGCUCCUGCUCCCUAUAAGCGUGAUUUUGAGGCUAAACUGCGGAACUUCUAUCGAAAGCUGGAGACCAAAGGUUACGGACAGGGACCGGGAAAAGUCAAGCUCAACAUACGCAGGGACCACCUCCUGGAGGACGCCUUUAACCAAAUCAUGUGUUACUCCCGUAAAGACCUGCAGCGGAGCAAACUUUACGUCAGCUUUGUGGGCGAGGACGGGCUGGACUACAGCGGACCCUCCAGAGAGUUUUUCUUCCUGGUGUCCAGAGAACUGUUCAACCCGUACUACGGCCUGUUUGAAUACUCGGCCAAUGACACGUACACUGUCCAGAUCAGCCCCAUGUCUGCCUUUGUAGACAACCACCACGAAUGGUUUCGCUUCAGUGGGCGCAUCCUGGGCCUGGCCCUGGUCCAUCAGUACCUGCUGGACGCCUUCUUCACCCGACCCUUCUACAAGGGGCUCCUUCGCAUCCCAUGUGACCUGAGUGACCUGGAGUUCCUGGACGAGGAGUUCCACCAGAGCCUGCAGUGGAUGAAGGACAACGACAUCGAGGACAUGCUGGACCUCACCUUCACUGUGAACGAGGAGGUCUUUGGACAGAUCACAGAGAGAGAGCUGAAGCCAGGCGGAGCCGGUAUCCCCGUGUCAGAGAAGAACAAGAAGGAGUACAUUGAGCGCAUGGUCAAGUGGCGUAUCGAGCGAGGAGUGGCUCAGCAGACGGAGAGCCUGGUCCGAGGCUUCUAUGAGGUGGUGGACGUGCGACUGGUGUCGGUGUUUGACGCCAGGGAGCUGGAGCUGGUGAUUGCGGGCACGGCGGAGAUCGACCUGGCAGACUGGAGAAACAACACCGAGUACAGAGGAGGUUACCAUGACAACCACAUAGUGAUUCGCUGGUUCUGGGCAGCUGUGGAGAGGUUCAACAAUGAGCAGAGGCUGAGACUGCUGCAGUUUGUCACCGGCACCUCCAGCAUUCCCUACGAGGGAUUUGCCUCUCUACGGGGCAGUAAUGGACCCCGCAGAUUCUGUGUGGAGAAGUGGGGGAAAAUCACCUCCUUGCCCAGGGCUCACACUUGCUUCAAUCGUCUGGACCUCCCCCCUUACCCCUCCUUCUCCAUGCUCUAUGAGAAGCUGGUCACUGCUGUGGAGGAGACGAGCACGUUCGGUUUGGAGUGACCUCCAAUCAGCUCACAAGCAGCUUCAUCUCGGGAGAGAUAACCAUCUGGAAAUCCACCGUUCUUACUGAAAAGAGACAUGGAAACUAAACUAAUAUCCUCAAAUGGCAACUAACCACCCCACCCCCACCCCCUCAUCCCCUUCACCCGUGGACAACUCUGCAGAUGUUUUAUUUAUUUUUCCCCGACUGGCUUUUUGUCACUCGGCAGCUCUCAGGCUCCGUUCCGAUUCGCCGCCUCUCUCGCAAAUCUCAGAGAAGUCUGUUAAGUGAACGCCUCCUGGAGGACAGGCGGACAGUCGGAGAAUGGUUUGAAAAGCUGUACAGUACAAUUUCUUGUUUUCGUGGUACCCGUUGUUUAUUGAGCCACAUGUGUGCUUUAGCUCCUCAGUUAAUGGCCUUGUUUACUGGAUUUCUAGCACCUCCCCCCGCCCCCCUGCUCCUCCGCCUCCUCCACCAACCUGCAACAAACACUAAGCUCCACUCUCCUUCUCUGGACCUCAAAACUGUGUCCUUUCUGCAGUCUGCAACGUUAUAAACUUUAACACACACACGUUAACCACCUUUGCACAAAACACACACACACACAACAUAAGACAUUUUGUUUUUUAUUGAUGUUGCAAACCAGUGUUUCCCCAAAGAUUUUUUUUAUCAGCAUAGAAAGAUGUGACAUUUUAGAACUGGAUGUUGGCUGGUCCUCCUUGCCUGUCUGAGAGUAGGGGAUACACUGGAGUGCACAAACACACACACACACAUACACGCAGAUAAACAUACACAAAUUGUAUGUAGACUGAAAAUACACUUUUUUUUCAUCAUUUUAAUUGCUGAAUUUGAAAGCUGGACAAUGCGUCUCAAAUCACCAGAGACACCGACGGGACAGUGUCAUGACAACGGCAGCACGCUCUGGUCAGGACUUUAACCCCCGAGCUACUGCGUCAUCGGAGCUCUCACAUGGGCAUGGAAGGUAAAGACACACCUGAGACAUGCGGCCCUGUUUCUGCAUAUACUCACCAAGGUAUCCAGUAUCUUACACACACAGAUAAUUGCAGCACUGGCCGCGAUGCUGCGGGUGCACUUUCCUACAGUGUGACAGACGCAGCACUUGCUGCGCUGUACCAGAUACACUUACUGACACACUUCAGUCAGAUAGAAAGAAGGGUUCCGGUCUGACAAAACUGUUCCACACCGGCGUCAUGAGCAAUAGAUGCACUUUCUCUCACAGACAGGUGACGGACGCUCAUAAGUAUGACAAGGUCCCUCUCACUGAUGUGAUCCCCGCCCCCAACCAACCUAUGAAAGGGAUGAAUGUACCAAAUAAGUGACCGAAUGAAUGAACCUCGAGCAACUCUUGUUCGGCCCUGGAGGAAGAUUUCACGAAACACAAAGUGUAGGGAAAGGAAAGGUGACGCGGUUGCUUGAGGAAGGAGGACGACUUCACCCUGAUGUUGGCACCGGAUUAGGCCUUCUUAGCUGAAAGACACUAGCCCAGGAACCUGGUCAGGAUUCAGCGGUGAGACCUUUUUUUAGUGCCUCUUGGGUUUUCCUGACCAUAAAGUGAAAUUUCAUAAGGAAAGCUAUUUUAUUUCCUUGUAAAAAAUAAAUAAAUAUUGAAAACAGAAAGAAAGAAGAAAAAGACCAGAUCCAUGUGUCUCCCAAAUCAAACGUGAAGGUCGUCGUGGUUUUAAAUUCCCAAAGCAGAUGUGAACACAAGGGGGCGGUAGAGUGUGCUGUCGUUACGACGACACCUUCAAUGCGAAGAACCAGUGGUUCCCUCUUUUUGAGGGACCCGGCCAGGUGUGAUGAAGACGUCGACGGGGAACAAGCACCAGCCUUCGGGGCUGUGUGGAUAUAUUAUACUUCAGAGCGUUUGGCAUUCAAGUCCAUGCCAGGCAAUAGUUUUGUCUUAUAAGCAUGUGAUUCAAUUUCUCAAACUGUCAAGUGCACGAACCCCCCCCACCUCCGAACACCCCUUUUGCUCAGUCUCACACACACACUUUCUUACAUGCACACAAAUACACACUCAUACUCGUUUUCUAUGAGGUGCAUGCAAGAUUACACCUACUGUACAGAGUCCUGUUGGAGCCAAACCACAUGGGGGGGAAGGUGGGGGGGGCUGGAAUAGAGAUGGCCCCACGUGUGAUGUGUCACGUGGAGGCAGACUGUCGUACCCAAGUUGGCCCGCCACCUCCACCAACCCCUCGUACCCUGUCCAAUACUGCAUGCGGGAUCUUCCCGGUCAGCUCUGUGAGCCGCGCCGAGGGCAGAAACCCCUAGAUGGCGUUGUGUUAUAGCUCGAUAUUGCAUGCUGAAAUAGUGCAACACACUGUCCUUACUAGCUUUUUUUGCAUGAGGAUAUUGACUAUCCAUUCAGAAAAGGGGGGCGAGGGAGCUGGUCAAGUUGCGUCACUUUGGUCGUGUCGCUCACUCGAGGCAUGCGGCCUUCGGCUCACCUGGCACUGUCACACCCUGAAGGCCAAGCUCAUGGGAAUCAAUAGGUGCUCCAGUCACUUAGUGUUAGCUCCGGGAAUGAAGCGCGAAUGCAAUAGUUUUGUUUCUUCUCUAUGACAGUGUGACGGCGAGUGUCUCGGCAGCAUGUUUAAAAGAAAAGAGAAGAAAAAGUGUUGUUACUUUCACAUGCGUGUGUCUGCCUAUCUUAGUAAUAGGUCGGUGGUCAUGGGUCAUCGCUCAUGAAUCGGUGGUGAAUCAAUAGGGCUGUUUUUGAUUUUGUGAAACGUGAGAGCACAUGUUCGUGUACCAUGUGUGCGGUCCUUGUUUGUCUCUUUGUAUAUAAAUGUAUGUGUAUGUCCGUCCUGUUGUGUAUAAAUAUAUAUUUUGCACCGAAUGUACCAAAGGUUUGGGGCUUGCAAAGUCAACCAUUAGGCCUGCUCUCUCUCUCUCUCUCUCGCUCGCUCGCUCGCUCUCUCUCUCUCUCUCUCUCUCUCUCUCUCUAACCAAACACAUCCCACUUCUGGCUCCUGCCAAAUCCUUACAGACCAUCACCUCAUCAGAUGUGUGGCAUGGACAACACAGCGCUUCAUGUACAUUCACCGGGGUCAGUUUGACGCUCUCUAUUAAUGAGGCUUCCCUGCUGCAGGGGACAAGUAAGACUGAUCACUUGCUUCACAUCCAGAUGGAGGCAGCUGCACCUCUCUCUUCCUCUCCUAGUACAUUUCUGACAGGACACGUCUCCGGUUUUCAGAAUUCCACUCUAUGCAAAGCUCCUGUGUGUGUGUGUGUGUGUGUGUGUGUGUCUCCA